AUGAGUCGCAGUGGACUCCCGGUGCAAGCUACUCAGGAUACCUCCCUGUCGGCGCAUCCCACGCCCACAGCGCCUGUCCUGAAGUCUCCGGAAUACAGCGACCAACUCGCCCUCUCCUCCAACCUAUCCACCUCCUUUGACGGCGCUCCGCACCUCACCGUCAACCGCCCUGUGGACCAGAGCUUCAUCGUCAGCUCACAGUAUCAUCCUCCCGACCCGUCUGCAACCCUCACGUGGUGUGGCGUGAUGAAUCCGCCUCCUGGUCGUUCCCCCGCAAACGAAAGCUGGUCCUGGGAUGAUACUUCAGCUUCAGGACCUAGCGAUCACCCCGGCGGUCAGGAUACCUCCACUUGCGCCAACGACAGUGCGGUCCCAGCGGACACUCUGCGCUUUGGAUCAUACUAG